AUGCCUCCAGAAAGGACUAGUGCGCCGGUGAAGCUGUCACUGCCGUUGCAAUACCAGCAGGACCUCUUCACCGAACUACGCGCCGAAGAUGAGUUGGUCGUAUUGGCACGCGGCCUUGGAUUGCUGCAUCUGAUCACAAAUCUUCUACAUUUUUAUGAUGCAGCCGGAAACAAUUUGGUCCUGGUGGUGGGAGCGGAUGAACGUGAGAAUGAGUGGAUCGGAGAGGCUUUGGCGGAGCACUAUGCUACCAGCAAGUCCCCUCUAGCUAGGGGUUUGAAAGUGAUCAAUACCGAGAAAGCUACGGUGUCAAUGAGAGAGAGAAUCUAUGCCGAAGGUGGGAUUUUAAGUGUAACAUCCAGAAUAUUGGUUGUGGACUUGUUGUCCAAGCUUCUUGACCCCGAGAAAAUCACCGGGAUGAUUAUCUUACAUGCUGAUAAGGUGGUGGCAACGUCCCUUGAGGCUUUUAUUGUCCGGGUUUAUCGACAAUCAAAUAAACGUGGUUUUCUGAAAGCAUUCUCAGACUCCCCCGAACCAUUUACUACCGGCUUCGCUCCGUUGGCCAACAUGCUGAAGAAUCUCUUCCUGCGGAAGGCAUCACUAUGGCCUCGAUUCCAUGUAUCCGUGGCUGAAUCGCUGGAAGGAAAUCGCAAAGCGGAAGUUAUCGAACUAGAAGUUCCGAUGAGUGAUAAAAUGAGAGAGAUUCAGAAUGCUGUCCUUGAAUGUGUGGAAAUCAGCAUCACGGAGCUUCGGAAGAGUAACACUGGACUCGAUAUGGAAGAAUGGACGUUAGACAGUGCCCUGCAUAAAAAUUUUGAUAUGAUCAUCCGACGUCAACUAGAUCCCAUCUGGCACCGUGUGAGUUUCAGAACGAGACAAAUUGUCAGUGAUCUGACAGACCUGCGGGCGGUUCUUCAUGCUCUACUUACAUACGACGCGGUAUCUUUUGUGAAGUAUCUUGAUACUAUCGUGUCUGCACAUUCUCCGCCUCCAGGCUCCAACAAAUAUAAUUACUCGCCAUGGCUUUUCCUGGAUGCCGCCCACGUCCUUUUCCAAACGGCCAAAUCACGCGUCUACGAAGGCAAAUUAAACAACGAAUUGAGCCGCUUCUCCUCCUCAACUACAUUUUCUGCCGAGUUAAAACCUUCCUUGGAGGAACUCCCCAAAUGGAACGUUUUAUCAGAGGUUCUCGCCGAAAUCGAACACGAUGCGUAUCUUCACCCUACAAAUGUGGAUCAAUCCAACAGCACUAUAUUGAUUAUGUGCAAUGAUCAACGAAUAUGCCGCCAGCUUCGCGAGUAUAUUGGGACAAUGCAUGCCAAAAUUGCCCAUGAUCCUGACCCUAACGAAGAAGGUGGCCCCGAUGAGGAUAAACCCUCUGCGGAGCUUAUGCUGCGCCGUCGGCUGCGGGACUAUCUCAAUUGGAAAAGAUCACUUUCAAACGUCAACAAAAACCUGUCAGAAGAAGAUGAAAAGCUUGGAAAGCCUUCCGAUUCAUCAAUAGCCCGAAAUGCACCUCAAGGGCGGCCUCCUCCGAACAAGCGUCGGCGAGUACGCGGCGGCGGCACAGUCACAUCGGCCGCAGGACGUGUGCCCAAUGCCAGCGUUCAAACCGAAGUUGAGCUACCUGGUCAGGUUGUCAGCUUACUGAGCGAAAUUCAACCCACUGAAAUGGAGGAAAUACAGAAAGAAGAAGUGAUUGUUGAUGAUCUGGAGGAUAUGGAAGAUUUCUACGAACUAUAUGAUAUGAAUGACCUGGUCAUGAUACACCCUUACGACGGCGAUAUGGAUGAGCACAUACUCGAGGAAGCGCGUCCUCGGUAUAUCAUCAUGUAUGAGCCUGAUGCUGCCUUCAUCCGCAGAGUGGAGGUCUACCGCAGCUCUCAUUCAGGGCGAAAUGUCAAGGUAUAUUUCAUGUACUAUGGUGGCUCUGUUGAGGAGCAGCGAUAUUUGAGUGCUGUGCGGCGAGAGAAAGACUCUUUUACGAAGUUGAUCAAAGAAAAAGGCAACAUGGCAGUUACUUUGACUCAUGAUAAAAAGAACGAUGACCCGCAAGAACAGUUCCUUCGAACGGUCAAUACUCGCAUUGCAGGAGGAGGGCGACUGGCAGCCACCGCAUCCCCUCCUCGAGUUGUUGUCGACGUGCGGGAGUUCAGGAGUGCUCUCCCAUCUUUAUUACAUGGAAACAACAUGAUUGUAAUUCCCUGUCAACUUACCGUAGGCGACUACAUCCUCACACCAGACAUUUGCGUGGAGAGAAAGUCAAUUCGGGAUCUCAUCACGUCUCUCAAGAACGGCCGCCUCUACAACCAAGCCGAAACAAUGCUCAAUUACUACAAGUAUCCACUGCUGUUGAUUGAGUUCGAUCAAAACAAAUCUUUCACUUUUGAUGCAUUCGCCUCAAUCUCGACAGGCCCGACCUUUUCAACCGACCAAGGCUUUUCAUCUGCCGGCACAGCGACCUCCAGUACCAGCAGCAGCUUUCUUGCCAAUCCUUCUAAUCCAAAAUCCGCCCAGCAUCUACUUGUGAUCCUCACUCUUGCCUUCCCACGGCUGAAAAUUGUCUGGUCUUCCUCCCCUUACCAGACAGCCGAGAUCUUUGCGGAGCUCAAAAAGAACGCCGCAGAACCUGACCCCCUCCGCGCAGUUCAGCUGGGUCUUGACAUCGAUAUUUCUAACCCUUCUGGCUCAAGCGAUGUCAUGGCGGCCACUGGUAUUGAACACCGUACCUUUAAUCUCCUCCCACAAGACAUGCUGCGAGCUGUACCAGGCGUUACACCACAGGCUCUAGAGCGGCUGAUUAUUGAAACAGAUAAUCUCAGUGAUAUCGCCAAUAUGGAUGUCGAGCAGCUCGAUCCGCUGGUCGGCAAAGAAGCUGCACGAAAGAUCGUUGCUUUCUUCCGGAAGAGUGUUUUUGGUUAG